CGUUUUCCUCCAGGUCAGCCUCCCCUGGGGCCUUGCAGAACCGGUUUCUGCGUCCCCGGGGCGUCUGUGGGAAGGGUGGCGGUCGGUGCCUGCAGGGCUCUCCGUGGCCGCUCGGGAGAGGUGCUCUUCGCGCAGGCUCGCUCGGAGACUUGAGGGGGUGCUCGCUGGCGUGCAUGGGGCCUGUUCUGUCCUUGCUUUGGGGAUGCUCCUAAGCGGGGAGAAAGGGAUACCGCGGAUGCUUGGAGGUCGAGGGAGGGAUACCUAAGUGCGCAAAGGCCACUCUUUAGGGCAGGGGAAGGGCUCGCUAGAACAAGCUUUAACUGGUUGGGUGUAAGCAGUUUUGGGCUAGUCUAAACCAAACAGCCGAGAAUCAACGCGGAGUUCCUGCAGGUUGAGAGAGUACCUGGCUGAGAAUGUCCAGUAGUGAUGGAUUGCCUCGUAGGCCCCAGAGCAAUUGGGGAAGUUAGCAUUCUUGUUCAAGAAGCUGCUGGGUCACUUAGAGCUAUGAGAGAAUGUUGUGAGUUUGGGAUUUUCUUUCAUACGUUCAGGAUUGAGGUUAGGGCUGGUGGUGAGGAUCAUGUAAAGAGGUUUGAGUGGCUGCCUUAGGUCCCGGUGUGGGAAGCUUAUUCUUUUGGUGUCAUCACGUGUCCAUGGGAAUUAUUUAGAAUGUGGUCUGCCCUCAUGAGAGGAAAGGAGCUGUGAAGCCAUUGCAGUUCUUCCUCCCUAUGUGGAAAAUCGAAUUUCUGGAAACAUCCUCUAUGUUGGAGAUUUUGCCUACGUAAAGGCUAUCCUUAUUGGCUAGCGGCACUAAUUACUUUAAAAGUAGGAUGGAAGUACAGUAUCUGAAGCAUCACUGGGUUUUGAGCUCACUUCUGUGGAAAAGAAUUUAAGGGAGUGGUCUAGACUUUCCAGGGAAGUUAUUGUCUGGCUGUGUCCCUCUAGUCCUAAUUUUAUACUUAACUUUCCCCCACCUCCUUCAGCCUCAUCUGUUUCAAUGGUGCAACUCUCUUCAUCCCCUUUUGGUUACCAGUCACCUUCAGGCCAUUCAGAGGAGGAAAGAGAAGGGAAUAUGAAGUCAGCCAAGCCCCAAGUGAACCACACUCAGCAUGGGGAAAGCCAGCGGGCCUUGAGCCCCCUGCAGUCUACUCUGAGUUCUGCUGCAUCUCCUUCCCAAGCAUAUGAGACCUAUAUUGAAAAUGGACUCAUAUGCCUUAAACACAAAAUUAGAAACAUCGAGAAAAAGAAGCUCAAACUGGAAGAUUAUAAGGAUCGCCUGAAAAGUGGAGAGCAACUUAAUCCAGACCAGUUGGAAGCAGUAGAGAAAUAUGAAGAAGUGCUACAUAAUUUGGAAUUUGCCAAGGAGCUUCAGAAAACCUUUUCUGGGUUGAGCCUGGAUCUACUAAAAGCGCAGAAGAAGGCCCAGAGAAGGGAGCACAUGCUAAAACUUGAGGCUGAGAAGAAAAAGCUUCGAACUAUACUUCAAGUUCAGUAUGUAUUGCAGAACUUGACACAGGAACACGUACAAAAAGACUUUAAAGGGGGUUUGAAUGGUGCAGUGUAUUUGCCUUCAAAAGAACUUGACUACCUCAUUAAGUUUUCAAAACUGACCUGCCCUGAAAGAAAUGAAAGUCUGAGUGUUGAAGACCAGAUGGAGCAGUCAUCCUUGUACUUUUGGGACCUUUUGGAAGGUAGUGAGAAAGCAGUGGUAGGAACGACAUACAAACACUUGAAAGAUCUACUGUCUAAAUUGCUGAACUCAGGCUAUUUUGAAAGUAUCCCAGUUCCCAAAAAUGCCAAGGAAAAGGAAGUACCACUGGAGGAUGAAAUGCUAAUACAAUCAGAGAAAAAAACACAAUUGUCGAAGACUGAAUCUGUCAAAGAGUCAGAGUCUCUAAUGGAAUUUGCCCAGCCAGAGAUACAACCACAAGAGUUUCUUAACAGACGCUAUAUGACAGAAGUAGAUUAUUCAAACAAACAAGGUGAAGAGCAACCUUGGGAAGCAGAUUAUGCUAGAAAACCAAAUCUCCCAAAACGUUGGGAUAUGCUUACUGAACCAGAUGGUCAAGAGAAGAAACAGGAAUCCUUUAAGUCCUGGGAGUCUCCUGGUAAGCACCAGGAGGUAUCCAAGCCUGCAGUUUCCUUAGAACAGAGGAAACAAGACACCUCAAAACUCAGGUCUACUCUGCCAGAAGAGCAGAAGAAGCAGGAGAUCUCCAAAUCCAAGCCAUCUCCUAGCCAGUGGAAGCAAGAAACACCUAAAUCCAAAGCAGGAUAUGUUCAAGAGGAACAAAAGAAGCAGGAGACACCAAAGCUGUGGCCAGCUCAGCUGCAGAAAGAACAAGAUCCAAAGAAGCAAACUCCAAAGUCUUGGACACCUUCCGUGCAGAGUGAACAGAACACCACCAAGUCAUGGACCACUCCCAUGUGUGAAGAACAGGAUUCAAAACAGCCAGAGACUCCAAAAUCCUGGGAAAACAAUGUUGAGAGUCAGAAACACUCUUUAACAUCACAGUCACAGAUUUCUCCAAAGUCCUGGGGAGUAGCUACAGCAAGCCUCAUACCAAAUGACCAGCUCCUGCCCAGGAAAUUUAACACAGAACCCAAAGAUGUGCCUAAGCCUAUGCAUCAGCCUGUAGGUUCUUCCUCUACCCUUCCGAAGGAUCCAGUAUUGAGGAAAGAAAAACUGCAGGAUCUGAUGACCCAGAUUCAAGGAACUUGUAACUUUAUGCAAGAGUCUGUUCUGGACUUUGACAAACCUUCAAGUGCAAUUCCAUCGUCACAACCGCCUUCAGCUACUCCAGGUAGCCCCGUAGCAUCUAAAGAACAAAAUCUGUCCAGUCAAAGUGAUUUUCUUCAAGAGCCAUUACAGGCUGCUUCUCCAGUUACUUGUAGCUCAAAUGCUUGCUUGGUUACUACCGAUCAGGCUUCUUCUGGAUCUGAAACAGAGUUUAUGACCUCAGAGACUCCUGAGGCAGCAAUUCCCCCAGGCAAGCAACCGUCUUCACUAGCUUCUCCAAAUCCUCCCAUGGCAAAGGGCUCUGAACAGGGCCUCCAGUCACCUCCAGCAAGUAGUAGUUCAGUAACCAUUAACACAGCACCCUUUCAAGCCAUGCAGACAGUAUUUAAUGUUAAUGCACCUCUGCCUCCACGGAAAGAACAAGAAAUAAAAGAAUCCUCUUAUUCACCUGGCUACAAUCAAAGUUUUACCACAGCAAGUACACAAACACCACCCCAGUGCCAACUGCCAUCUAUACAUGUAGAACAAACUGUCCAUUCUCAAGAGACUGCAGCAAAUUAUCAUCCUGAUGGAACUAUUCAAGUAAGCAAUGGUAGCCUUGCCUUUUACCCAGCACAGACGAAUGUAUUUCCCAGACCUACUCAGCCAUUUGUCAAUAGCCGGGGAUCUGUUAGAGGAUGUACUCGUGGUGGGAGAUUAAUAACCAAUUCCUAUCGGUCCCCUGGUGGUUAUAAAGGUUUUGAUACUUAUAGAGGACUCCCUUCAAUUUCCAAUGGAAAUUAUAGCCAGCUGCAGUUCCAAGCUAGAGAGUAUUCUGGAUCACCUUAUUCCCAAAGGUGUUUGGAAACAUCUGAGCCUCUUUGGUUGCUGGGGAAGGCCAGGAUAAUUUCCAGCAGUGUUAUAAGCGAGGAGGGACAUCUGGUGGUCCACGAGCAAAUUCCAGAGCUAACUGCUUCAUUAUGAGAAACUCACUGUUGCUAAUAAAACAGCAGGGUGGAGUGAUUCUUCUCAGGUGAGCAGCCCAGAAAGAGACAACGAAACCUUUAACAGUGGUGACUCUGGACAAGGCGACUCCCGUAGCAUGACCCCUGUGGAUGUGCCAGUGACAAAUCCAGCAGCCACCAUACUGCCAGUACACGUCUACCCCCUGCCUCAGCAGAUGCGAGUUGCCUUCUCAGCAGCCAGAACCUCUAAUCUGGCCCCUGGAACUUUAGACCAACCUAUUGUGUUUGAUCUUCUUCUGAACAACUUAGGAGAAACUUUUGAUCUUCAGCUUGGUAGAUUUAAUUGCCCAGUGAAUGGCACUUAUGUUUUCAUUUUUCACAUGCUAAAGCUGGCAGUGAAUGUGCCACUGUAUGUCAACCUCAUGAAGAAUGAAGAGGUCUUGGUAUCAGCCUAUGCCAAUGAUGGUGCUCCAGACCAUGAAACUGCUAGCAAUCAUGCAAUUCUUCAGCUGUUCCAGGGAGACCAGAUAUGGUUACGUCUGCACAGGGGAGCAAUUUAUGGAAGUAGCUGGAAAUAUUCUACGUUUUCAGGCUAUCUUCUUUAUCAAGAUUGAAAGUCAGUACAGUAUUGACAGUAAAAGGAUGGUGUUCUAAUUAGUGGGAUUGAAGGAAAAGUAGUCCUUGCCUUCAUGACUGAUUGGUUUAGGAAAAUGUUUUUGUUCCUAGAGGAAGGAGGAGGUCCUUACUUUUUUGUUUUCCUUCCUAAGGUGAAAAAUCAAGCUGAAUGACAAUUAGCACUAAUCUGGCACUUUAUAAAUUGUGAUGUAGCCUCGCUAGUCAAGCUGUGAAUGUAUAUUGUUUGCACUUAAUCCUUAACUGUAUUAACGUUCAGCUUACUAAACUGACUGCCUCAAGUCCAGGCAAGUUACAAUGCCUUGUUGUGCCUCAAUAAAAAAAAGUUACAUGCA